UCGGGCGAUGGGCCGCCCUCUGGGCACCGAGCAGCCCCCCGAGGCCUGAGCGACCGCGAGGACCGGCGGAGGACCCCCGCCUGGAUGUCAACCGGAUGCCCCAGUGCCUCCCAGCGGACUCGGUGGGGACCAUGGCUUCGCUAAUGCCCCUCUCCCCAUAUCUAAGCCCCACUGUCCUCCUGCUGGUCAGUUGUGACCUGGGCUUUGUACGAGCAGACCGGCCUCCCUCUCCUGUGAAUGUGACAGUCACUCACCUCAGAGCCAACUCGGCCACUGUGUCUUGGGACGUCCCAGAAGGCAACAUCGUCAUUGGCUACUCCAUUUCCCAGCAACGACAGAAUGGACCGGGGCAACGUGUGAUCCGGGAGGUGAACACCACCACUCGGGCCUGUGCCCUCUGGGGCCUGGCUGAAGACAGUGACUACACAGUACAGGUCAGGAGCAUCGGCCUUCGGGGAGAAAGCCCCCCAGGGCCGCGCGUGCACUUCCGAACUCUCAAGGGUUCUGACCGGCUACCCUCAAACAGCUCGAGCCCAGGUGACAUCACAGUGGAGGGUCUGGAUGGAGAGCGACCUCUGCAGACGGGGGAAGUGGUCAUCAUUGUGGUGGUGUUGCUCAUGUGGGCUGCUGUAAUUGGGCUAUUCUGCCGUCAAUAUGACAUCAUCAAGGACAAUGACUCCAACAAUAACCCCAAGGAGAAGGGGAAGGGACCAGAACAGAGUCCUCAGGGAAGGCCAGUGGGGGCGAGACAGAAAAACUCACCAUCCAUCAACACCAUUGACGUAUGAGUGAAGAAACAGAACCAGAAGACAGAUGCACUAACAUCUUGGGGAUGGGGAUGGGGUCAGGGAGAGCCCAAGAUGGUGAUUUGCCCAAGACUGAAGCAUCCCACAGUCUCCCAGAGGGUAAUGACACUCCCACAAUCUCAGGCCUGGUAUCCAUUCUCUUUCCACUGUGAGCAGGGCCAGAAGGUAGGUCUGUUAGGGUCUGAGCCCCUGGACCUGGGGAGUGGAUAUCAGAUGGGAUACAUCCUUCCAUCCCCCAGGUCCAGGAGAGAGUCACUUGUUCAACCCUAUCCCAUUAGGUCCCAAAUGGGGCCCCCAUUUCACCUGUAUCAGAACCCUUGGCAUCCCCAGCUGCCCCCACAUCUUGCCUCUGGGUCUCAGAGAGGAGUGUUUCUGUGGGUACUCCACCUCCCCCAGCAAAUAAAAGGAAUUAUCUGGGCCUGGAGACAGAUGCUGCACUGCACUACUCCAAUGUCUUCCAUGGAGCCUCAGGUGCUCCCCCUGUCACCUGGCAGCCCCUUCAGCUGCUGGUG